AUGAGCGGUCCACAACAAGCAACUUUCGGCGGUAAAGACCCAAAGGCCCAAAACGAGGUUGAGAAGCAGGCUCAAGACAUCCAGCGCCAACAAGAGACCAACAAGGGUGGUGCUGCUGGCCGUGAAGGUGUUGCUUCUACCAACCCAGCCGACUACGACUCUAGAGGUGGCGCCGGCGGUGGUUCAAUGAACGACCCAAAGAUGUAA